AUGUCGCUGCCGAUGAAGCGGUCCUUCAGCUCCGAGGGCGGUGCCUCUAAGCGGGACUGGAAGAUGAGGCUCAGUCUUCGAAGCCGCAGUGGGCAUAGCGUGGAUGCUCUACGUGGAAGGCGAUGUGCAUCUCUACGGUCUGCUGCUACGCCGCUUCGACCCGACGACUCGGGCCGUAGCACCCCGUCCGCUGUGCACCGCGCCUCUCCAUCGCCGGCUGACACACCUGCGCCUAAGAAAUCGAACUGGGAAGUUAUUGAACAUUUCUCUUCCAAUAGGAGUAAGAAGAGCCCAACUUCUGUGGAAACAGAAGGUGGUGUCGUCGCUCCACCCCCGUCACUCCCACUCUGCCCCGCCGGGAAACCGGAUGUUGAUGCACAGCCAUUGCUAUGUGAAGAUCCACGCACUGAUCAGGCGGGAGGAGCAGGUACUACCAACGAUGACAUGGAAGAGGAUGAUGACGACUGUUGGCACCAAUGUGUUGAAAACUGCCCUGGUCCAAUACGUGCGGUGUGCGAGACGCACCGAUUUGAAAAUUUACAUGUCGAGAUGCUAUACCAGCGCUAUUUUUUGCGCAUGAACCAAACUAAUAUGACACACCUACUCGGACUCCUACUGGCGGUGUCCGUAGCACUAACCAUCGUCCAAAUAAAUACUUUACUAAUCGCCCAGAACUUUCUUGGCGGGCUUUUACCAUUCACGGAACAGUCACUUUUGGACAGUGAUCCAUUUGGCCACUACGAGAUAGCAACAAGUUUGCCGUCAACAAUGAGCUACUUCGAACUCUCGGAUUCUAAUUCAACUCAAGUCAAAAGGAUUUAUUAUGAAAAAGCGCGUGUUGCUCACAUUAUAAACAUCAUCGUUUUUGGAAUUACAUCACUCGUUUAUACCUGUUUGCUGGCGUGCCUGAGCCGACCAGCGAUGAAUGAGAUUUACCUACUCACUAUUUCAUACGUCGUGCUCGUCACAUUCCUGUUAAUUGAAUUGGCCCUCGCCGGAACGUCAGUUCUAAGGUCAUUAGAUCUGAGCACUGGUACGUGUGCUCUCUUUACGUAUGUGACGUACGCGACCCUCCCGGUUAGACUACACGAGGCAACUAUUGGCGGGCUUGCACUAGCGGCCGUCAAUAUUGGUGCCCAACUGAUUAUGAAUAAGGCUACAGAUACUCAGAUCUUCUGCAGCCUGGUGACACUGAUUGCUUGCAAUGUAGCCGGCAUCAUGACGCACCACCCGCGGGAGCUUGCACAGCGGCGCGCCUUUCUAGAGACUAGGGACUGCGUAGAGGCGCGCCUCGUGACGCAGAGGGAGAACCAACAACAGGAACGGCUGCUGCUGUCUGUGCUACCCCGCCACGUUGCCAUGGAGAUGAAGGCGGACAUUGCCAACCAGCCGCGACAGGAACAGUUCCACAAGAUCUAUAUUCAAAGAUAUGAGAAUGUAAGCAUUCUGUUUGCGGACAUCUGCGGCUUUACUUCUCUCUCGGACCAAUGUACUGCUGAGGAGCUCGUGCGUCUUCUUAACGAAUUAUUUGCUAGAUUCGAUCGCCUAGCAGCAGAACACCACUGCCUACGCAUCAAACUCCUCGGCGACUGCUACUACUGUGUAUCGGGACUACCAGAGGCUCGCGAUGAUCAUGCCAAGUGUUGCGUCGAGAUGGGACUGGACAUGAUCGAUGCGAUCGCUCUUGUACGAGAGGUGAUGGCAGUAAAUGUGAACAUGCGCGUGGGCAUACACACUGGCCGCGUGCACUGCGUGGUGCUUGGCCUCCGAAAGUGGCAGUUCGAUGUAUGGUCCAAUGAUGUCACACUCGCCAACUACAUGGAGAGCGGCGGUGUAGCUGGACGGGUGCACAUUACAAAGGAGACAUUGCAAUGCCUCGGCGAGGAUUAUAAGGUAGAGCCUGGGUAUGGAGGCCUACGCAAUACCUACCUAAAGGACCACAAUAUAGAGACGUACCUAAUUGUGCCCGAUGACACCAGCCGAGUGGACAAGAAGCCGCAACACUCGUUCUCACUAAACGGCAAUGUUUCGAAGGAAAUGCGCGUAAUGGGGCAUGGAUCACAGCACGGGAAACACUCGUCAAAGAUUGGAGUAGAUGCAAAUAACGACAACAAGAAACCAGAAGAUGAAGUUAAUGAGUAUCUAAUGAAGGCAAUCGACGCCCGCUCAAUUGACCGCCUUCGUACAGAACACUGCCGCCCUUUCACGCUAACCUUCCGAGAUAAUAAACUGGAACGCAAGUACACUGCUGAAAGGGACAGGAUGCUGAAGUUAUAUUUCAUUUGCACCGUGGUAUUGUACUUCGCAAUCUCUCUUCUUCAACUGCUGGCCUUUGAUAUUAAUGCAGCUGCCAUUAGCACGAUCGUCGUUUCUGGAAUUAUCAUCUUUAGUGUCACAUAUUUGGUGCUCAGCAUCAACUUCGAGCGCGUAUCUGCACGAGUUAAGAGACUGGCCACCACGGUGCACAACAACCGCACCCUGGCACAGCUGCUGUCUUUCCUAGUAGUGGCUGCAGUUGUCCUCCAGAUUAAAGUUAUCAUGGCAACUUACAUGAUCACGGAGAAGGAUAUGCCGAUUUCAAAGGAUGGAACCGUACACUGCCCACAUGAUAUUAAUGAGCAUUACCUACGGCUAACACUGAUGGUCAUGUUCCUUUGCGCUGUGCACCAGAUACUCAUCACAAUGGUGAAGACUGUAAUUCUGUUCGUAAUCAGCAUUACAUUUGUGGCUGUCACUAUUCAGAAGCACUUCUAUUACCAGGAGCACUUCUACAAAUUCCAGGACAAAUGUGAUGUUGACUGGAACCAGCACUGGACAAACAUUGUGGUGGCUCUCGGUGCUCUGGUGGCAUUGAUGCUGCACUCACAACAAACGGAGAGCACAUACCGUCUUGACUUUAUCUGGAAACUGCAGGCCAAUGAUGAGAAGGAAGACAUGGAACAUCUGGAGGCGUAUAACAGGAAACUACUAGCGAACAUCCUGCCAGAGCAUGUCGCCCAGCACUUCCUCUGCAGCGACAAGAACAUCGAUGAGCUGUACCACGAGCAAUGCGAAUCAGUCUGUGUAAUGUUUGCAUCUAUCCCCAAUUUCUCGGAGUUCUACGUGGAGCUAGAGGGGAACAACGAGGGCGUCGAAUGCCUCCGUCUCCUCAACGAGAUCAUCGCUGACUUUGACGAAAUCCUUGCGGAAGAACCGUUUAAAUAUAUUGAAAAGAUUAAGAGUACUGGUGCCACCUAUAUGGCUGCAUCUGGACUAACAGCUGCUACCAGGGACCUCAGAGGCUACCGCCACGUUACUGCAAUGGCGGACUAUGCAUUGCGCCUACGUGAGCAACUGCAAUAUGUUAACGAACAUUCAUUCAAUAGCUUCCGCAUUAGGAUAGGAAUCAACAUUGGACCAGUAGUAGCUGGUGUAAUCGGGGCUCGCAAGCCCCAGUAUGACAUCUGGGGCAAUGCCGUUAAUGUAGCAUCACGAAUGGACUCCACGGGUCUGCUCGACCACAUCCAGGUGACACAAGAAGUGUAUGACAUCUUGUCCACCCGCGGCUACAAGCUCCGGUGCCGCGGAACUGUCGACGUUAAGGGCAAGGGCAAUAUGGUCACCUUCUUUCUCGAUGGCAUCGGCGAGACUCCACAAGCGGGUGUACGGGACAUUUAUGCUAACCCAACGCCCUCAACAUCAGGCACCGGCACUAACUUAGUUGAGCACAUUGAGCAUCGCCCCCUAGAGACACUCUCGGAGGGCCACACUGAUGAAGAUGGCGGACCGUCACCACGGACUUCAAUUCCGAAAGAUACUAUGAAUGGAUCAGUCAGCCCGAAAGUCACAAAUGGAAGCUCAGCAUCACGGGAAAGUCUCGCAAGCGCCGUGCGAGCGCGCGUUUUGCGACGGCUUGACCGUCCACAAUCACUAGCAGACACACCAGCACUUCCGACCCUCUUCUCGCUCAUUAACUCACGGGCAUACUCCACGGAAUUGGAUACUGUAUUUACCACACGCGAAGACGCAAAGAAAAAUUUCUCUCUAAACGAUGUUCAACCUGUUGAGACCAGGAGCAGUGGUGACAUCGAAACUCUCCUGCAGGAGGGCGGCCCACGUCGAGCGGCAAGUCUAGCUGAUUUUCUCUUCAGAAGGAAGCAACCACGACACGCUACCGCCCCAGUCCAUAUCAUCGAGAAUCCAAUGAAUGCAGUU